AUGGUCAAUACUUCUACUCUCUUCGCUCUCGCUUCCGUCCUUGCCACCACUGCUCAGGCUGAUUUAAUUCUUGCCCUUUAUGGUGAUAUUAAGAGCAAUGCUGCUGAGUAUUUGUCCCUAGUUCAGAGCAGCUCUUCUGAAUUGGCUCCAAUGUUGUCUUUGUACGCUGCUGCCGAGACCUACACUGAUGAUUCUUUCACCACUUUGAUAAGCCCUGCAUUGUCCUCGUCGAUUUCGAAUAUAGUCACCGGUUUCCCUUGGUACUCCUCGAGAAUCUUGCCAAAUGAGGGUGUUGUCUCGGAGACAGGUUCGGAUGCUUCCUCCUCCGCUUCUGCCUCUGGCUCCAGCUCUGCUGAUGCUUCUAGCUCUGCUGAAUCUGGUUCUGCUUCUGAGUCUGGUUCUGCUUCUGACUCCACCGAGUCUGGUUCUGCAUCCGAAUCUGGUUCUGCUUCCGAAUCAUCUUCUGCCGCUUCGUCUUCUAAGGCCUCUUCGUCUUCGAAGAUCACAUCUGCUGCAUCUUCUGAAGCCAGUUCUUCUGGUGCUUCAUCUUCUUCUGCUGCAGCAUCUAGUUCUGCCGGUGCUGCCAUCCUUGCUCCACAGGGAUCUGGAUCUUACGCACUUGCUGCUGGUUUAGUCGGUCUUAUUUCCGGAGUCGCUUUGUUGUAA